AUGUUUGAAGUGACGGUGUUGGCAGUGGCGAAGGUCAUCGUUGCCGUCUGCAUUGGGGCGGCCACAAGCCGACAGAUUCCGAACGCGUCCGUUACGAUACGCGACUUUACAUUUGUGAUUGCCAACAUUUUGCUGCCGUGCCUCACGUUUCACAAUACUGCCUCCGCCGUGAACGUGGAGGUGCUCAUCCGCUGCUCUGUUCUCUUUCUUUUCUCGCUCACAGCCAUUGGGACAGGGCUGCUUUGUGGGUUGGUGGCAUCGAAGCUGAUGUUUCGCGUGAGCCGCACCGGCAUCCCAAAGGAGCUGCAGCACUCGCUGCGCUACCUACUCACCUACCGCGACGCUGAGGGAAACAACGUCCACCUGGGGGCGCGACACGGGAGCAACAGAGGCCAUCAAACGCCACUGAGGCCAGUGGUGUGCGUCCUGGUGAGUGGGACACUGGAGACGCAAAAAGUAGAGCCAGAGGAGCUGCUGCCGCUGCUUGAACCCCCCGGCGUGGAGUAUGAGGAGCAACCCUUCUACCACUACGCCGCGCUGAUUGCGUGCGGAUUGCAGAACAGUGUGACCCUGCCUCUCUCUCUGCUACAGACAAUGGCCGAGUCACUGGCGUGGAUUGACCUUGCACUGGGCACCUCUUACAUCUUCAUCUACAGUUUGGUUGUCAGCAUCUCUGUUUGGGGUCUGGGGCCGGCGUUUGUCGAUCGUGGAAAAAAGGAAACGGGUAAGCGGCGGAUGAUACGGGAGCUACUGGAGCUGCAUAAGAAACUGCAGCACUGCUGCGAUGCUGCCACGCAAACGGAGGUGCACGAGACGCUCUCGCUUUUGGUCUUCCCGGGUGUGAUGACAGUGGCUCCCUUGCCUAGCAGCGACUGGCCCGGUGCACUGCAGCCGUCAACGGCUGCGGAAUCCGCCGCAAGAAACAACGUCGCCUACGAAGAUGGAGUCGACGACGAGGCUGCAGUGUUGACCGUCGUGGCCGCACGCCGCUCUGGGGAGCAGGCAGAUGUGCCGCCCCGUCCAGGACGUUGGUUUCUUGCCGCCACACCCGCCACAUGCGAGACCUUCCGCUAUAACUGGAGGGAGCGUGACUUUGUGCGCGUGGUAUAUUUGAGUGACUUUAAGGACGAGGUCGAGACGGAGCGGCAAAAGGGCAAUGCCCUUGUGGAUUUCGGCCGUAGUUGUAAAAAAGUCAGUCUGCGGCUUCUGCAAACGCUCGCCUUCACCUCCGUCGUGGCGGGGUUUAUCGUUGCGGUGACCCCGCCGCUACGAUGGUUGUUCUUCGAGGGGCCGCUCUCGAUGGUCAUGGACUCUAUCGGUCUUGUGGCGCAGGGCUCGAUCCCCUCCUCGUUGCUGCUGCUGGGCACCAACCUGGCGGGGACCUCGCACACAAUGACCGCCGCACCGGAGGUGCGGCUUCGCGAGGCGGAGCAAAACACCGCAUUCCCGCUAGCUGACGUGUCCGUAGACCCAACGUACGCGGCGGCGUACAACGAGUUACACGAGGCAAUUGAGUUUGACGAGCACGCCUCGUUUGCGCUGAAGACUCUUCAGCAGUACGAGCCGGUGGCAGUGCCUAUGGCAACCGCGUACGAGGGCCCCGCGGCGGCGACCGCUUCCGUCCCAAGUAGCGGGGUGCUGCGGUCUCUGCGGCGUGCCUGUGCGUUGCAUGGUGUCCGGAAAGGUUUCGUUUUUGGCAUCACCUUCAUUCGGCUGCUGGUGGUGCCUGCGGUGGGGUUCGCCAUGGUGCUGCUGACGCAAAAGGCGUUUCCCUCGCUCUUUGGGGAGCAGCGGAGGAACAAUGUCCUGCUACUUGUCCUCCUCGGCGAGUUGGCGGCUCCGUCGGCGCUUAACGCCACGAUUUUGUUCAACGCGCGGCAGUACAUGCCGGGGGCAUGGUCAAAGAUGCUCUUCUUUCAGUACAUAACCUGUGCUCUGACGUUUAUGCUGUGGUGCACCCUCGCCCUUUGGGUCGCCACGUAG